CCGGAAACGCUUUCACCAGCAUCAGCAACUGUCAUGGCUUCCUCUGCUGCUGCCCGUACGGCAGCUGGUGCUGCUAAAGUGGUCAAACCGAUUCUGAGUCGGGACUUGGACGAGGCUAAACGCAGAGUUCGGGAGCUGUACCGAGCCUGGUACCGUGAGGUGCCGAAUACAGUGGCAAUAUUCCAGUUGGACAUCACAACACGCCAGGGCAGAGACAAAGUGAGAGAGAUGUUUGACAGAAACAAACACGUCACCGACCCGCGUGUGAUCGACAUGCUGGUCAUUAAGGGUAAAAUGGAACUGGAAGAAACGAUCCACGUCUGGAAGCAGAAGACCCACGUGAUGCGUUACUUUCACGAGACGGAAGAACCUCGAGGGACAGACUUCCUGUCCAAAUUCUACAGAGGCCAGGACCCAUGAACUGUGUAGCUGAGCUCCAACCCAUCUCUGCUUGUUUCCAGUGUGAAAAUAUGUUUCCCUUUAUUGUAAAUACACACUUUAACUCCAACA